AUGGCUUCCAAGAGAAGCGCUUCAGCUUCUUGUCUGCGUCUUGCUGCAAUUAGUUGUUUUUUGGUCGGCGCCUUCCAAAAUUUGACCUUCAGCAUCCCAAAGCAGAUAGAGGAAAGCGCCCAAAACAAAGGCAUCAGUCCCGCCCAAUACCUGAAAGAUGUGAGCAACAGAGCAGAACUCUACCGAAAGAGCGACGCGGUUGCUGGGCGAGAGGAGUUUGUGAAGAUAUUGAAUAAGGCUAUGAGAAAGUCUGGUUUGCACCUUGUCAUUGGGGGCAAGUCCCUCGGAAAGACCAAAAUUGUGCAGACCGUUGUUGACAAUGCUGGCGAUGAAGCUCCUUUGCUCUACGUCAAUAUGCGUCUCCCGAGCAAAGCCCAGUCAACGGAUGCAUUGGAAUGUUUGCAAGAAGAAGCUAAGCGAAGAUGGACCGCAAAGAAUUUGCCAUUCGGGGCAGAGCGGCUGGUUGCCGCCGGUUCUGCAGUUCUUGGAGCACUUGGCAAAGCGAACUUAAAGAAGAGUGACGAUGAGGAGAUAGGAGAGGGUGCAGUGGAAACUCUUCUCUCUUUGUUUCUCAACAUCACCAAGCCCGAGGAGUUCAUCAAGGCUUUUGUUGCGGCAACAAUGGCUGCAGAGAAGGUUCCAGUCAUGAUUGUUGAUGAAGCCAACAUCGCCUUUCCCAAUGGUAACGGUGGGAAUGGGAAUGGCAGAAGAGAAGCAGCUUACAGAGCGCUCGCAACCUUUGUGGCGCUGACAAAGGAGCAGGGGAAAGCGUCUGUUAUUCUGGUUGCCUCUGACUAUGCUUUCCCAUUGGGACUACAAGCUCUUGGCUUCAACAAGUAUGAUGCUCUCAAUACGAUUGAGUUCUAUGAGACCUUCGGUGGAAACGUUUUUUUGUGCCACCAGGCAGUCGACAAGCUCCGUCAGCAAUUCGAGUUGGGUCAGGAGAGGCUCUUCGACCCCUUCAACGUCCGAGACAAUGCCGGGUUAGGUGACCUCGUGGGUGACCCUCUCACUCGGAAGCACAUGGAGAACUUAGCUGAGAAAGGAUGGUCGCCAAUAGAGGAGGGCGAUGCAGAAGAGGAGACGGAGAGCCAGAAGGGUGCUCGCAUCAUCGCCAAGAAGAACUUCGGCGCCAUCAUCGCGAGACAGACCACUACUUUCUUUGACAAAGCCUUGAAUGAAGAUAUGUUCAGAGACCCAGCUGCUGUGCGGGUUCUAAUUCCACCAACUACAUACGCACGCAAGUGCAUCCAGCGGAUGGUGGACACGGCGAAACCAAGCAACUUGGACUUCAAAGAAAGACUUUUCCUUUGGAGCAACCACUCGUCACUAUGCAUCACCAGACCACAAGCUGGAGCAGUGUGGGUGAGGCAACUAAAGGAGGACUUCAACUGGAGCAAGGAAGACGAAGAAGCUUCCAUUGAACGCGGCAGCAAGAUUUCGGUGGUGCGACGGAGCUCUCUUGCGAGCCAUGACUGGGUGCUGCUGGAUGAGAUCAAUUUGGCUCCACAGGCCACUUUGGAAGGUCUGAAUGCACUCUUGGACCACCGACGGCAGGUCUAUUUGCCAGCUAUAGGGCAAACUGUGGCAGCCCAUCAUGGAUUCAGGCUUUUUGCAGCUCAAAAUCCAGUUGCAACAGGAGGUGGUCGCAAGGGACUCCCACGAUCCUUCUUGAAUCGGUUCACACGUGUUGUGCUGUCUCAGCUGUCUCGAGCAGACCUUCUGCACAUUUGUCGCCAUGUGCAUGGUGCAGCUCUUGGUGAGGACAUCGUUGACCGGGCAGUGGCUUUGCUUGAAGAGCUUCAAAAAGUAUCUCAAGGAGAUGGCGAGGAAGGUCCUUUCCAGGCACGUCUCGAAUUCGAUUGGAACCUUCGAGAUGCCUUGCGGCUUUGUGAGCUGUUACGAGCCAAAGUUCCGCUGGCAGAAGACUUUCAUACAUCUGCAGAACUGCUCUUUGUUUCAAGACUCCGUUGUGAAAAUGACCGGAGAGUCGCUCAACAGGUGAUUCGAAGGAUAUUUCCCCUACCAAAGCAAGCCAAGGGGCCCACGGACGUGAAAAGUGCUGCAGCCUUGCUGAGGGCAAGCUGUGGGUUGGCAGAGGGAGCAGAGUCGAUCAAGGAAGAAAGUUCGGUCAAAGCACCUGCGCUGUGUUUGGGAGCACAUAGCCUUCAAGCACGGCUGAAGGGCAUUCAGGUGGGUGCUGCUUUGCUUCAACAACUCCAUCCUGGUGAUCCCCGCAGUUGGAGUGGCUUUGAGCACAUCCGACAUUGUCCGAAUUUGGCUGCUUUGGCCAGCCAAUCUGCUGUGGUGCAUGCGAUGUCGCAUGCAGUUUCAGAAAACUUGAAAUGGCCUGUCCUGAUCGUUGGUGGUCCGGCCUCUGGCAAACACAGUGUGGUCAGAUGGUUGGCCGCUAUGGCUCGAAUGCCACUCCAGGAGGUUCCGUUAACACCCGCCAUGGAUGCAAGCGAACUCUUGGGCUGCUUCGAGCAGGUUGAUGCUCGAAGCCAGUUGCGGCAUUGGGCGCAUGGUGUUCGAGCUCUGGUCCAUGGUCUUCGCCAAGUUGAAGAGGACGCGGCUGCGUGCAACAUGCUGGAUGAGUGCUUUAGGCAAGGUGCAGAGUUGGAGUCACUUUCUGACAAUACAGACGUAGACAUUGUGAAGCUCCUAUCACAGGCUUCUGCCCUACAGGAGAGGCUAAAAACGCGUGGACAGAACCACGAAGCGCAGAGGGUUCAGCAGGAGAUGUUGAAGCGCCUGGAGGGACAACUUGACAUUGCAAGGGCCCGGAAACAGUCGGCGGGCUGCUUUGAAUGGGUCGACGGGCCUCUUGUCACAGCGAUGAUGGAGGGCAGCUGGGUUCUUCUUUCGCAUGCCGAACAGGCAGCCCCGGCGGUUUUGGACCGCUUGAACUCCUUGCUGGAACCUGAUGGUUUUCUUCUGCUCACAGAGUCAGGUGAAGAGCGACUUGUUCGGCCACAUCCAGAUUUCAGAGUCUUUUUUACCAUGACCACUGGUGGAGCACCCUCAACAGUCUCACGUGCUUUGCGCAACCGCUGUCUGGAAAUCUUCAUGGAGGGCAAGUUGGGUGGCGUAGGCUUGGAUGACUUUGAAGUGACAGAUGCGAACUCGGGAGGGAAACAGGACCAGAAGUCUUCAAACUUGAUGGAGAGAGUCCGUCCGGCUUUCGUGUUCCUGGCAGAGGCUUUACAGCAGUUUUCAGCAGAGCUUCCUCCAAAACCUGAGCUGACCUGGGUUCGAACCAUCCUUGGGCAUUCUACUGUGGAUGUCGUCCUGCCGAGCCCUUUGACAGUGAUUGACGCAGUGCGCGUGGUGCUUGCAAAUGAGGCAACUCCUGCCAACGUUGCUCUGCACAUUGCAUGCCUACACUGCCUCGCCGAUUCGUUAUGGAGGGGCCUACGCAGGAAAUCCUUGGAACGAGGAUCAGCGGACUGCAGCCAAGAGGAUCAGCGGAUGCGUGAAUCCUGGGCCCAACAAUUGGCGCAAUUCUCAGGCUUCAGCAUCCGAGCGCUGCACAAGCUGCACGACCUCUUCACGACAGCAGUCAGAAAAUCUCCCAAAGGCACGUCGCCUUCUGCGUUGCUUCGGGCAAGCUUUGUUCAGGUCUACAGUGCUGAAGCUUGCGCGGAUGAAAACAGUGCAUUGCUCCUCAUGGCUUUGGCUUCUGCAUCCAACUGCCUGCAGCAAUCAGAAGCCUUCAAAUGGCUUGCGACUGCGCUCAGCCAAGCACCACUGGUUUCUGGACGCGCAGCUCGAGGUUCUGCAGAAUUAGCUGUUGAGGUGCAGAGAAGGCUUGGACCGCUUCGCGCUGGCCUGGAUAGAACCAUGACGAUGCUGUACCUGGAGAGGGCCAACAACGAGACAGAAGCCCUGCAGCAGCUGGACUCCUUGGCCAAACUCAGUCAAAGCAACAAGAUCGAUAUGGCAGCCUUGCACAAGUUUCCGAUCCACCCAUUGAUUGCAGAUAUCAUUCCAAAAGCAGCAGAAGCGCUGAGCAAAGAAAUGGCAGCUCAGCCGCUGUCUCGUGAAAGCUGUUCUUUGCGAGACGCAUGGGCUCUGGCAACCUGUGGACAACAUCGGGCUAACGCCGAACACCUGUUCUCUUUGUUGCACUGUGCAAAGGCCUUGUCUGCCCAUGUGCUCCGAGAAGGACCGCAAGUUGCACAGCAAAAGGAUGCCACUGGAGAAAGCGCUUGGUCAUUGAGUGAGCGCUUUCAAGAAGGUCGCAUCCCUCUUGGUUCCUUGCCGCAUCCGGCCCUGACAGUGCUCCAGCCACUGGUGCUGGCAGUUAGCCAAGGUCUUGUUGCAAGCCUUGAAGAAGUUUCAUGGGCGGCGGCACCCGGCACCAGCGAGGUCCUAUUUCGCAUUCGCUUCGCUCUGGGUUUGGUAGAUCACCUUCAGUCAAUGCUGGAGGCAACCGUGCUUGGCAUAGACAAGUCUUCGAGGUCGCAGGCGCAGCGCCAAGCUUGGUCUUUCUUGGAGCCAAAGGCCUUGUGCAUGCUGCAGGAGAUCUACGGAUUUCUAAAGGGGUUGCCCUCGAUGCCUUGGUUGGCAAGUGUCGAGUCUUUGAUCUCUCGCUUGCGUACCCAUUUGGCAUCUAGCGGCUCUGCGUGGGAUCCGGAUGCCAGUCGACUGAAAGCUAAGCUGCUUCCCUUGACUGAUAGUAUCAGUGUAUGGGGUGGUCUGGCACCACCCUUGCGACAUUCCUCUGAGUUUCUGCUAGAACAGCUGGUCCUCUCUAUGGCUCUCGGCCGAGUGCAGUUGGACAGACCAGCAGCCUCUACUGCAUCCAUCUUGGCUUCCUUGCUCAUUCAGAGGGAAAUGCUUGGAGACGAGACACAAGAGGCCUUGGAAGUUCUUCGUCGCAAGCAGCAUUCUCCAGAGGCCGAGCCAAAGAACCCUUCAGAGGAGACAGUGGAAGCAAGUCCCAAGCGUGUACAACAGCUCUUUCUAGUGCUGGAGGCAAUCCACUCUUUGUGGCCCCUUGCGAGCUGUAGCCUUCCCAACUUCGAAACCUUUGCUGCUGACGUCAGUUGCUAUGCAGCUAUAGUCACCAAGCAGCUUCCAAGGUUUGAAGGUUCAGCCACUGGUGCGGCCGCCCGCAUGCACUUCUUGCAAGCUGCUGCGGAGGUGAUGGUUCUGCAGUGGAGCACAGGUGGGCCCGCUCCACACGUGGAGAGUGAGCUCUCACUCCAGAUUCCAGGCUGCUCUGGGCUAAACUGCGAGAGGCUUUUCUCGAUCCAACGGCGUUCGUUGCUGGCAAUGCGUCAUCACCUCCUCAGCAGUUUGGGCUGCGUCUUUUCAGAGGAGAUUGCCGGUGGCCAUCCUGCCUUGAAUUUCUUGCUCACGCCUGCCACCUUGAGUCGUUUGAGACCGCCUGGACAGCUGGACAACACAAGUCCUCCAGCCGCUUCACUCGUGUUGUCUAGUGGCUUUGUUUGCGCCUGGAGUCUAAAUCUUUGUGCGAUGGUGUCAUCAACCAGUGUGCACAACUUCAAACUUCAUCGAUCUCUCUUGCAAAGUUUGGCAGGCUCAUGUUUUGACGUCACCCGUGCAAGAGCUGGAGAUGCUGAGGACUGGCCCGCCUGCUGCCACUUCCUUGCUGUUCAACUACAUGGCCUGCAGCUGGCUGCCAGAGACAGAGAUGCAGCUGAUGGACCCUUGGUGUCUGCUGUUGACUUGGUGAUGAUGGCCGGUCAUGAGCUCGCCAAGAAGGGCGAGAGCCUGGUAAGGAUUGCCUUGGAGCUAGAAAAGCUCAGAGCUGCAUUGGAAUGUGAGAUCAAGACCCAGGUGGCCGUCGAAAAAACGCAAGGACACAGCUGGCCAAUGCCAUUCCAAGCAAUCCUGAAAUCAUUCGGGCUACCAGCUCUACUGUUGCUGGAGCAAUGCUGCAGGGGCCGCAAGGAAAUGAGUGAUGGGGACGCAGCGGGUGCGUGUGGCUGCAUUUGGGCAUUGUCUGGUCUUUGGCGUUUGCAGUCUGGAGGUGGUGUGUUGCUGCCUGGAGGUGUGGAUGCCAGUGAAACUGCAGCACAGCUCCGUUCCGAAUGCCUCCGACGUGCCGAUAAUUUGGACAACGAAGUGAGCACUCGUGCCUUGGAGGAACUAGUCAUUGAUGGACAUUGCAGCAGUUCUGAAGCUGCAACUAGCAAGGCACUUGACGAGGUGGAGCUUUGGCGCAAAGAAGCGGAAGAUCUUCAGCAGCAGAACGCCUAG